AUGGACCCAAAAAAGACUAUUAAAAAUAUACAGGGGCAAUCUAAGCAGAAGACAGAUUUAAGAGAAGGAUCUGGAAGUAGGAGGUCAAAAGAAUCUCAGAAAUAUUCUCAAUUUAGUUCAGAAGGAAAUGAUGACAUUCUUUCGAGGAUACCAUUUGCUGGAAGUCCAUCAAAAUCUACAUUAAGCGUUGCAAUUCCUGCAUCCAUUGCUGGAAAUGCCCAGUCUUUUGAGCUGAGAGCAUAUUUGGUUGGUCAGAUUGCCAGAAUACUUUCUGUGUUUGGUGUUGACGAAAUUAUUAUUUAUGAGGAUAAAUGCAAAGAUAUUACUGAUAAUGAAAAUAGGUCCUCAAAAGAAUGGGUAGAGUUUGCUUGUUCAAAAUGGAUGGAGUUUUUUGUGAAGAACUUGAAAUAUCUAGAGACUCCUCAAUAUCUCAGGAAGAGUCUUUUUAAGUUUGAUAAUGAUUUCAAGUUUGCAGGUUUACAGAACCCAAUUGAUGCUCCUCAUCAUAUGAGAAUUUCCGAAUGGCUUCCUUACAGACAGGGAGUUAUAGUUCCAGCUCCAAAAUUAUUUAAGGGACCUAUACUACCUGAAAACAAAAAUAAAGGAUCUUGGGUUAAUUGUGGGCUUCCUGUGGAAGCUUGGAUCGACACAAAAAUUGAAAACAACACCAAAGUUACUAUUAAAAUGUCAAAAGAGUCCGAAAAUUUACAUAAAAAGCUUUGCUCUGACUUUAAGAAGUUUGGAAGAUAUCCAGAAAUUAAAUCCUAUUUUGUCGGGAAGCUUGUUGAUGACUCAGCUCCAUACAGUAAGAAGGGAAUCUAUUGGGGAUAUAAAGUUAGACCAGCAAAUUCCCUCAAGAGUGUUUUUAGCGAUUCAGAGUAUGAAGGAGGUUAUGAUCUCAAAAUUGGAACCUCCGAAAGAGGUGAACCAAUUGACAAAAACUUUAGACUUUUCUCUAAAAAUCAAAAUUCGAAAUCUCAAAGCUUUAGACACAUACUUAUAGUUUUUGGUGGUCUUGGAGGCCUUGAAGAUGUGUUAAGUGAUCCUCAAUGCUCUCUAGACAAAGUCAAGGAUCCCUCCUCCCUAUUUGAUAUGUAUAUCAAUAUAUGUCCCGAACAAAGGUCCAGAACCAUAAGAACAGAAGAAGCUCUUGGGCUUACUUUAGCUUUACUUAGGCCUCACCUUCUAGAGAACAACAAAAACUUAUAA